AUGAGUAUUGUUGUUCUUUUUCUUGAGUUACUAGCCUUAGCAACCAUCAACAUUUGCUUCUGCAACAGAAACACCCACUUGAAUUGCAUUGCAAGUGAGAGAGAAGCACUUUUAAGGUUCAAGCAUGAUCUCAAAGAUCCAUCAAACCGGCUUGCCUCUUGGAAAGGUGAUGGAGAUUGUUGUUCAUGGGCUGGUGUUGUCUGUGACAACUUGACAGGUCGUGUUCUCCAGCUCCACCUUCAAAAUCCAUGGGAUCCUUACAAUUAUACUGACAUUGGUUUUUGGAAUGAUGUUGAGUAUGAUUCUGUGCAUGAAGCUUAUGAAAAGUCAAUGUUGGGUGGUAAGAUUAAUCCCUUUUUGCUUGAUUUGAAAGAUUUGAUUUACUUGAACUUAAGCAACAAUGAUUUUGAAGGAAUUCAGAUUCCUAGAUUUCUUGGUUCUAUGGGAAAGUUAAGAUAUCUUGAUCUUUCUGAAGCUGGAUUUUCAGGAAUGAUUCCUCAUCAAUUGGGAAAUCUCUCUUACCUGAAAUAUCUUGACCUUGGUUGCAAUGUUUAUUCGAAUUUGUAUGCUGAGAACACUUUUUGGUUAUCUGGCCUUUCUUUGUUGGAACACCUUGAUUUGAGUGGUGUGGACCUUAGCACAUCCUCUGAGCAGCUGCAAGCCAUAAAUAAUCUCUCUGUUUUAAAAGUGUUGAAAUUGUCAUUUUGUCAGCUUUCUAACUUUCCUCCACUACCCAUUGCAAACUUUUCGUCUCUUACUGUCCUGGAUCUUUCUGGUAACCAAUUAGGUGACACAAUUCCUAGUUGGAUGUUUGGUCUUAAUGAUUUAGUCUUUCUUUCACUAUUUGAAAAUAAUUUUCGAGGUCCUAUUCCUGAUGGACUUCAAAACUUGACUUCUCUAAGGCACUUUGAUUUAUCUGACAAUGAUUUCAACUCUGCAUUUCCCAAUUGGUUGUCCAAAUUUAGCCUCCUUGAGGACCUAGCUUUGUCAGGAAAUAAAAUUGAAGGGAGACUUCCAAGAUCAUUUGGAAAACUUUGCAACUUGAAAUCAAUCUGUCUAUUCGGUGUGAAAUUAAAUCAAAGUAUAUCUGAAGUCCUUGAUAUCUUCUCAGGAUGUAUAUCAGAGGGGCUACAGGUUUUAGAUUUGGAAAGAUCUCAACUUUUUGGUCAUUUGACGGAUAAACUUGGGAAACUUAAGAAUCUAUCCUAUCUUGACCUACACAACAACUCUAUUCUUGGUUCUAUUCCAUUCUCUAUGGGAAAACUUUUGUCAUUAGAAUUUUUAGAUCUUUCCUAUAACAAAUUGGAUAGAAGUAUUUCUGAAAUUCAUUUUGCAAAUCUCACCAAACUGCUUCAGUUUUUUGCAUCUCAUAACUCAAUAACAUUAACAUUUAGUCCUGAUUGGCUUCCUCCUUUUCAACUUGAGGUUUUAAGCUUGGAUUCUUGUCUUUUAGGGCCUAAAUUUCCAUCAUGGCUUCAUUCACAAAAGAAUUUAGAAAUGUUGGAAAUAUCAAACUCAACAAUUGUAGAUACCAUUUCUAAUAGGUUUUUAAAUUCUUUUCCCCGUAUUACUUUUUUAAACCUCUCCCACAACCGAAUCCAUGGAGAACUUCCAAAUUUAGUUAAUGUUGCAACUCUUAGAUCACUUUUCUUGAAUUCAAAUAAUCUGUCAGGUCCUUUGCCCCUUUUAUCCUCCAAGUUGAUUGACCUAGAUCUUUCCAAUAACAGCUUUUCAGGAUCCAUUUCCCAAUUCUUAUGCCAUGGUAAAAAUGAGUUAAAGUACAUGGAACUUCUCUACCUCAAAGAUAAUGUUUUAUCUGGUGAAUUACCAAAUUGUUGGGUGAAUUACGGUGAAUUGAGUUACCUAAACUUAGGUAAUAAUAAUUUUACUGGUCACCUGGAAAGUUGA